AUGGAAGCAAUCCCCAAGUUAAUGAUUGAAGAAGAUAAUAUUUUCUUGGAUGCUGUUCCCACUGCAAUUGAGAUCAAAGAGGCAGUUUUUAGUAUGAAUUCAAAAAGUGCUCCAGGAUUCAUUCCUAAAGGACUCAACUCAAAUUUUCUAUUCCUUCUUCCUAAGAAUCAAGGUGCAAGAAUAGCAGAACAAUUUAGACCUAUUGGUUUAGCAAAUUUCAUCUUCAAGAUCUUCAUCAGAAUUAUUACUACUAGAAUCAGUUCUUUGAUUAUAAGGUUAAUUUCUUCUCAACAAAGUGCUUUCAUUAAGGGGAGGAACAUACAUGAUAAAAUAGUGUUAGCAUCUGAGAUGAUAAGUGAACUGAACAUAAAAAUAAGAGGGGGAAAUGUGGGUCUCAAGCUAGACAUAACUCAAGCAUUUGAUUCAUUAAGCUGGGAAUUCUUAUUUGAAGUGCUUAGAAGAUUUGGUUUCUCUGAAGUGGGCAUUAACUGGAUAAGGAAAAUCUUUGAGUCUGGAAUGAUCUCUAUGCUUGUCAAUGGUGGCCCAUGUGGGUUUUUUGGGGUUGGAAGAGGAAUCAUACAAGAUGAUAUUUUCAUUUUCUGCAAUGGUCAUAAGAAGUCAUUGGAUAAUUUGAUGAACUUACUAAACAAGUAUCAACUGUCAUCAGGACAAAUUGUUAAUAGGAACAAAAGCAAAUGCUUUGUAUGUGGAAUUUCUGAUACAAGAAGAAAUGGGAUUGCUGAUUAUUUACAAAUGAGACUUUCAGAACUCCCUAAUAUCUACUUGGGGGUUAUUCUAUGUCCAGGAAGAGUCAAAACAUAUCAAGUUUGGGGGAUGGUGGAACUAAUGCAGAAAAUGCUAGCUGGACUUAAAUGUGUCAUUACUGAGAUAAAUAAUAACAAAAGAUGGAUUGUAGCUUAUGGAAAAUCAAUCUCAGUAUGGAAGGAUGAAUGGAUCAAGGAUUACGAUUUUAUUGAAAGAUAUGCAGAAGACCAAUUUGUUCCAAGUAAUAUAAAUCUGAAAGUUGCAGAUCUAAUUGUGGAUGGUGUAUGGAAAAUUCCAAUACAAAUAUUCAAUUACUUUGAGAAGAAUGAAGUGCCAACUAUUGGAGAUGGACCUGACAAACUGAUCUAG